CUUAUCUAGAGGUCGUUUUAUUCGCGGAAAUACAUACAUAUAUGGUAUAUAAAAUGCAUAUGGUAAAGGUUUUCCCAAAGCCUGGUUUGACCUUAUUUUAAAUCAUUACUGUAAUGUAAAAAAAAAAAUUGAGUGUGGAGUUAAGUGUGUAAUAGUAGGUGAGGGGAGUAGGUAACGUAAAAUAUUUCUUGAAUUUCAGGUUUUUGUGGGACUAAUUAAUCUGCGGAAGAUUUGCAAUCACCCAGAUUUGUACACUGGGGGACCUCGUACCUAUGAUGGUUUUGAAUCUGGUUUACAGUGUUUUCUUUAAGCCUGAAUUGAAGUAUGGUUGGUGGGGUCGAUCUGGCAAGAUGCACGUCCUUCAAUCAAUAUUACGACUGUGGUCAAAACAAGGGCAUCGCGUACUUCUUUUUACACAGUCACGGCAGAUGAUGUGUAUCCUUGAAAAGUUGCUUAUAGAUGAAGGCCAUUCUUAUUUAAAAAUGGAUGGCACCACCACUGUGUCAUCACGCCAACCAUUAAUUGACAAGUUCAAUGGGGACACUUCAUACUUUGUCUUCCUUUUGACAACCCGUGUUGGAGGACUAGGUGUGAACUUGACAGGAGCAGACAGAGUUGUAAUAUUUGACCCAGACUGGAAUCCAUCCACAGACUCACAGGCAAGGGAACGUGCCUGGAGAAUUGGGCAGAUGCGCCAUGUUACAAUUUAUAGUGUUGAUGAACCUGUAAGAGAUAGGAAAAGAAAAAUGACUGUUAGGCGAAUUAUUAAGUCAUUAGCUAGCCAAGAAUCCUGUAAUGAUAUUGUUAAUGAUGUCAUUGUUGAUGAACCUGUAAUUUUUAUUGACCCUGUUCCCAGUUCUGUGUCUGUAUGCGCUCCUUUACCCAGCUCCCUCGCUUCUGAACCCAACAUCAUUGCCAGCCAGUCUUGA